GAGUGAUCAGUUUUGAGGCCUGGCGCCCUGUCAGAAAGUUGACAGAUGAUCUGCAUUAGCGGUGCGUCCCCGGGAUGCCCGGGAUAAUCGCGCUCCAAUGGACGCCCUGGAGCCGGCAGGUUCUCUGUGAAAUGGCUGCAGUGGAGGGAGCAGUGAAAUGGGCUCUUCUGGGCAUGCUCACUCUGUAGAGGGAGCUUUAUCACAUGAGCAGAAACUGAAUCACUGCUCAUGAGGAUCUGGAAUAUGCAACUCUUGGAGUCUUCACCAGAAGAAGACAACAGCUGCCCGCAGCGAGCAGUGCUGAGUAAGGGAGAGCCAAGGAAAGACGGCUGCAUGAAGACUGAGCUGCUGAAAGACAUCACCAACAACAAAGAGGAAGGGUUUAAUGCCAUGGCUGCAGAUGAAAGCGCUACAGAAAAGCAAGUGGGGGAACCAAAAAUGGCAGUGGAUGGUGAAACCAACGGUUCCUGCGAGCACAGCGAGGGUGGGGGCCACCCAAACCCAGCGAAAAACACUCAGGACAACACGAAAGUGAGCCAGCAGGACUCUUCUACUAAAUUAAAUAGGAUAGCAGAAAAUGGCAUUUCGGACAGCGAGCCUGGGAAGCAAAACCAUCUGAAAGCAAAUGACUUCACACAGACUUCUGUCACAGGGAGCAAUGGAUAUAUCCUAACCAAGCAGAUGGCACAGGAGCAGCCUCUAAGGACUACCAGCUUUGCUUCUCUCACUGGCCAUGCUGCAAAAACCCUGCCUGGAGGAGCAGGCAAAGGCAGGACUGUGGGGUCCUUUGCCCAGCUCCAAGCCACGAUGCCAAGCAAGCUCGGGGAGGGCAGCAAGGACACGGAUGCUAAAAAAGGCCCUGCUGCUAAUGCUGAAGUCAAGGUGCACAGAGCACGGAAGACAAUGCCUAAACCCACCCCCAGCCUGGAGUUGCUUCCUGAAUUGGGAUCGAAGCUGAAUCUGAAACAGCAUGCAAGUAAAGACCCCAAAGAUGGGAGAGACAGCAGAGAUCAGAAGGAAUCCAAGGAGAAGGAGUUUGAGAACAUGCUGGACUUCGUGAAGCCGUUGGCGUUGCCCUCUCUCCCGGGCCUUCACCAGUCACUACCUCAGAACCAGAGCUAUGUGGCCACCACCAAGGCACAGACAGCUGCUGCAGUAUCUCGGAAGAAAAAGCGGAGAAUGGGAACCUAUAGCCUGGUUCCCAAGAAAAAGACCAAAGUGUUAAAACAGAGAACAAUGAUAGAGAUGUUCAAGAGCAUAACUCAUUCCUCUGUGGGUGCCAAGAGUGACAAGGAGCUGGGGGAUGGCAGCCCCCACGUGAACGGGGAGAGCAUAGAUGUGGACUCUGAGGAGGAGGACUCGGAUGAUUUGGAAGAGGAAGAUGAUCAUGGAGCAGAGCAGGCAGCCAUGUUCCCUGGGGAUGACAACAGGACCUCCAAGGACAGCGCGUCCGACGCGGACAACGCCCGGAAGAUCGAUGAUGGCGAGUCUGAGGAAGAGCAAGAGUCUGUAGAAUCAGGGGAGGAGGAGGAGGAUGGAGACGAGUCUGACUUGAGCUCCGAGUCCAGCGUCAAGAAGAAGCUGCUGAAGAGGAAAGGGAAGACAGACAGUCCAUGGCUGAAACCCACCCGCAAGAGGAGGCGGAGGAAUAAAAAGAAACAAGGAGGUGUGCUAGGUGCUGAAGCCUAUAAAGCCUCGCUGGGCAGCAGGGAGGGCCCCAGCCAGGAGAACAGCAUGGAGUACAUGGAGGUGUCCCUGGAUUCCCUGGACCUCCGGGUGAAGGGGAUCCUCUCCUCACCUGCGGGGGGUCUCUCCAAUGGCCCUGAAGCCAUGGAAGUGGAUGGUCUGCAGGAGGUGCCCCUGUGCAGCUGUCGGAUGGAAACCCCCAAAAGCAGAGAGAUCACCACCCUAGCCAACAACCAGUGCAUGGCCACAGAGAGCGUGGACAACGAGCUGGGCCGAUGCACAAACAGUGUGGUUAAGUAUGAACUGAUGCGCCCGUCUAACAAAGUCCAGCUUUUGGUGCUGUGUGAGGACCAUAGAGGGAGGAUGGUGAAACACCAGUGUUGCCCUGGCUGUGGAUACUUUUGCACUGCAGGCACUUUCAUGGAGUGUCAGCCCGAGAGCAGCAUCUCCCACCGCUUCCACAAGAGCUGUGCCUCGCAGGUGAACGACACCAGCUACUGCCCUCACUGCGGGGAGGAGGCCUCCAAGGCCAAGGAGGUGACAAUAGCCAAGGCUGACACCACCUCCACGGUGUCCCUGAGCUACGAGCAGCAGAAACCUGCAGCUGUGGAGGGCAGGGCCGACACCACCACGGGGAGUGGCACUGGGACGAGGUUGUCAGAGGAAGACAAGCCAGAAAGUUCGGCUGCUGAAGGGUUUGACAUCCCUGGGUCUUCAGUUUUUCCAAAGCCUACUACUAGCUUGACCCAGGGACCAGUGAAAGAAACUCUGGAAAGUGCCCUGAUUGCCCUGGACUCUGAAAAGCCCAAGAAGCUGCGGUUCCACCCGAAGCAGCUCUACUUCUCUGCCAGGCAAGGGGAGCUGCAGAAGGUGCUGCUGAUGCUGGUGGAUGGGAUUGACCCUAAUUUUAAAAUGGAGCAUCAGAGUAAGAGAACCCCUCUCCAUGCUGCUGCCGAGUCUGGCCACGUGGACAUCUGCCACAUGCUCAUUCAGGCUGGUGCCAACAUUGACACCUGCUCUGAGGACCAGAGGACCCCCCUGAUGGAAGCAGCAGAAAACAACCACCUGGAAACUGUGAAAUACCUGAUCAAGGCUGGAGCACUAGUAGAUCCCAAGGAUGCUGAGGGCUCCACGUGUCUGCACCUGGCAGCCAAGAAGGGGCACUACGACGUGGUGCAGUACCUGCUCUCCAAUGGGAACAUGGAUGUCAACUGCCAGGACGAUGGUGGCUGGACCCCGAUGAUCUGGGCCACGGAGUACAAGCACAUCGAGCUGGUGAAGCUGCUGCUGGCCAAGGGCUCGGACAUCAACAUCCGUGACAAUGAGGAAAACAUUUGUUUGCACUGGGCUGCUUUUUCUGGCUGUGUUGACAUAGCUGAGAUCCUGCUGGCAGCAAAGUGUGACCUGCACGCCGUGAACAUCCACGGGGACUCGCCCCUGCACAUCGCAGCGCGAGAGAACCGCUACGAGUGUGUGGUUCUCUUUCUUUCCCGUGGCUCGGAUGUCACUUUAAAGAACAAGGAGGGUGAGACCCCGCUCCAGUGCUCCAGCCUUAACUCUCAGGUCUGGGUGGCCCUACAGAUGAACAAGACUCUCAAAGAAUCAUCUUCUGAGAAGCCUGCCCAGAUAGAGAAGGUGGUGAGCAGAGACAUUGCCCGGGGCUACGAGCGGAUCCCCAUCCCCUGUGUCAACUCUGUGGACAGUGAGCCCUGCCCCAGCAACUACAAAUACGUGUCACAGAACUGUGUCACCUCCCCGAUGGACAUUGACAGGAACAUCACUCAUUUACAGUAUUGUGUCUGUAUAGACGACUGCUCCUCCAGUAACUGCAUGUGUGGCCAGCUCAGCAUGCGCUGCUGGUACGACAAGGAUGGCCGACUCCUGCCUGAGUUCAACAUGGCUGAGCCCCCCCUGAUCUUCGAGUGCAACCACGCGUGCUCGUGCUGGAGAACCUGCAGGAACCGGGUGGUGCAGAACGGCCUCAGGACUCGGUUGCAGCUUUACCGGACACAGAAGAUGGGCUGGGGAGUGCGGACGAUGCAGGACAUUCCUCUGGGAACCUUCGUGUGCGAGUACGUUGGGGAGCUGAUCUCCGACUCCGAGGCCGAUGUCCGUGAGGAGGACUCCUACCUCUUCGACCUGGACAACAAGGAUGGAGAGGUUUACUGCAUCGACGCCCGUUUCUAUGGCAACAUCAGCCGCUUCAUCAACCACCUGUGCGAGCCCAACCUCAUCCCCGUGCGGGUGUUCAUGUCCCACCAGGACCUGCGCUUCCCCCGCAUCGCCUUCUUCAGCACCCGGCACAUAGAGGCUGGGGAGGAGAUCGGCUUCGACUACGGGGACAGGUUCUGGGACAUCAAAGGCAAAUUCUUCAGCUGUCAGUGCGGUUCACCCAAGUGCAAACACUCGAGCUCGGCGCUGGCGCAGCGGCAGGCCAGCACCUCUGCCCAGGACACGCAGGAGAACGGGCUGCCCGACACCAGCUCGGCCGCCAGCGCCGCCGGCCCCUUCUGACACCCACCCUCCCACCCAGGCACUC